AAUUAAGCCGAUUUUAGCCGAUUCAAAUCCGAAUCCCAAUCACCGAUUUUGAUACCAAUGUUUUUGAGGAAGCAGAUCGGAUUUAAUUGAAUAGUCUGCGACUGAUCCUGAUUCGCUCCGUUGAUUUCCGGACGAUUUUCGAGGGUUCAGGCGAUUCUUGCCGGAUUCCGGCUGGAAUUGGAUUUGAAUCCGGAUUCCGUCUACUCUUGAACGGAUGAAGUUACACUAGCACUCUCGGUGAGUGCGAAGGAAGCAAUUUAGAUUCGCCAUGUGGUUUCGCAUAACACUUUUUUAGAAGUUCCAAUUACGUGGAAAAGGCGUUUUAAUUUUUGGGUUUUUCCAUUCGCUGCUGCAUUCGUCAAUUUGAAGGACAACCAUCCUGUCGUUGGCAAUCUCUGAUUCUACUUCACAAAUCACAAUUUACUAUCAAUCCUCUAUUUACUUUCAUAAGAACCUUUUAUAAAUCCCAAAUUUGUGGGCAAAGCCCAAAACUGCCAUUUGUUUUAUGACUUGUAAUCUCUGUAGCAAUCCGGCGAAGAAUUUGUGAACCUCCACCGCUUGCUGCCUGAAGUUCUCAAAUUCCGGCGAAGGGGGGAAGGAGGAAAGGAAGAGAAGAAAUACAGAGGGAGAAAGAGAGGCGGAGCAGAGGGCGCUUUCGUGUCUUCUCAUCAUCUCCGCCAUGUUUCAGACUAACCACCAGCUCUUGAUUUCUCCAAGAGCAUUAGCUACCCGAGAAUCAUCAGGGUUCAAUCCUGUGGAUCAGAAUGAUCCCUGUCUUAUAGCUGAGAGUGAAGCACAAAGGGAAGAAUUCCGGAAGGUCGAGUUUGUUGUAACCAAAUCCAAGAAACUUCAGGAUGAUCUACAAAAUUUAGGGCUAAGAAUCAAACACCACGAGGAGAGUUUUACCUUUUUGAAGAACUGCAUAAACAACUUAGAUGAAUCAAUUCUUGACAUCGAAGUCUCUCUGGGAAAAUACUAUUCAUCGCGUGAAGCCAAGACUGAAAGUGAAAAUAAUAACCACUGUCAGACUGAGGAGGACACAAUUGAGCAGAUACUGCAGCAGGAGAAAUCUGCAGCUGGCAUACUAUACCAGUUGAAAACUCGUCAUGGGACUCAGGCACCAAAUCUAGCAUCAACAAAGGAUGUGUUGGGUAUUGUAGCUACACUGGGCAAAGUAGAUAAUGAUAACCUUAGCAGGGAAGGUGGGAUCAAUAAGAACGCUGGUAUUCAUGGAAUUGGAUCAACAAUUGGAAGGCCCAUGGAUGGCCGAUAUCUAGUAAUUUGUCUUGAAAAUUUAAGGCCAUAUGCUGGUGAGUUUAUAGCUGAUGACCCGCAAAGAACGAUUUCUCUUCUGAAGCCAAGAUUGCCAAAUGGGGAGUGUCCAGCUGGGUUUCUUGGCUUUGCUGUGAAUAUGAUCAAUUUGGACAGUCCAAACUUACCUUUUCUCACAGCUAGUGGACAUGGCCUUAGGGAGACUCUAUUCUACAGCCUUUUCUCACGGUUGCAAGUAUAUAGAACGAGAGCAGAAAUGGUAGAUGCUACCCCUUUUAUUAGUGAUGGUGCUGUCUCAUUGGAUGGUGGAAUCAUUAGGAGUAAUGGGAUCUUUUCCCUAGGCAAUAGGAAAGACAUAGAGGUGAGAUUCCCUAUAAGCUCUGGAACAGCAAAUCUUCCCCUGAAUUACAUGCAAGCUGAGGAGAAUAAGAUCAAGGAAAUGAAAUGGGAGAAAGAGAGACUUCUUGAAGAUAUGCAAAGAGAGCAGGCAUUAUUGAGUCAAAUGAAGGGAAAAUAUGAAUUAAAAAAGCAAGAAUUCGUCAAGUUUCUGGCUGAAAGCUCACAUGGUACAUUUCAGAACCAAGUUCCAGUUGGAAGAGAUAAAAGCAUCCCUAGAUGAACUUGCUAAUUGAGAAAACUAAAAGCUGGAUUGGGAGCUUCAAGAUUUUUUUUCCUUGGUUGAUUCUACUUCAAUUACAGUCAGUGUAAUUGUUUUCUGGUCACUUCAAGGAACAGUUUGUCGAAGAAUGAAUGACCAGAGAGGAAGGCCCUUGUAUCUUGAUGUGAAAACAAUGAAAUUCAUCCUUCUUGAGUCCUUUGCCUUCCUGGGCUCACUUGUACAUGCAAAAAGACAAAUUUCUCGUUAGUGGGGAUAACUAAUGGAGCAGCAUUUUUUUUACA